GAAACAUUGUUUUUUCUCAAUCGCUAGCUUUGUGUGUGUGUCUGUGUUUCUUUUUUAUAUAAAUUUUUAACUAAUGUAUCGCUCAUCUCUCCUUAUUCUCGACGUUUCUCUUUCUUCUCAUCGUUUUCAGAUUAGUGUACAUAAACCAAAUAAAAAUUGUUUUUAUUUUUUGAGAGAAACAUAUUGAUUUUCCUUAAUCGUUAGCUUUGUGUGUGUGUGUUUUCUAUAAUUUAUCGUAUGAAAACCCCCAAACAUCGUCUAGAAAUAUGAUUUUUUAUUUUCAAUAUUGAAACAUGGUUUUUCAAGGUUGCGGCCAGCCGCAUCCAAUACAAUCCUAUAGCUUACAUAAUUAUUUGUUAGUUAUACUUUUUUUUUCACAAUUUUUACUUUUGGUAGUGUAACUAGAAAAAUUCCAGCUUAAAUUAAGUAGGAAUUUCAGAUUUUUCUGUUAUUUAUUAUUAUUAUUAUAUUUGCGUUUAAUUCUCUGGAAAUUUUGGAUCGGUUUGGGUCAGCUCCGUUUGGGAACUUUUAUUUUGUUGAAGUGUUUUGUUUAGUUUCUUUUUUGUGUGGAGCAAGAUUUGUUGUUUAUUUUUUAAAUUUAAUUCUUAUUUUUAUUUAUUUAAUUUUGAUGUUUAGAUUAGAACACAUGCAGUCAGAAAGGCUCAUGAAAAUAUUCUGCAGAAGUUAUUUUGGCUCAAUUUGAUCUAUCGCGUCCGAUUGGUUUCAAUGAUUAGUGUGAUUUUUAUUUUUAAGCUUUUCGAACUCUUGGAAUUGUUUAUAAUGUUUGCUUGAUAUAUGACUGUACGUUUGUUAAGGUUUAGUUUAAGCAUUUAGAGACCAAUAGAGGUCAGCUUUAGCAAUUGUCAUAUUGCCCAUACGUGCCACUUCAUAACUCCCCAGUCCAACACAUACCAUACAUGUUUCAUAACUCCCCAAUCCCAUUUAUUCCACAUAAAUAUUAAUCAUAACAACUUCUUAUCCUAUAUAAAUAUUAUCCUAAUUAAAUAAUAUCCUAGUCUUCGUAUUCAAAUCUCCGUCAUUUUCUUAUAAUUUGUUAUCAGUAUCAUCCUAAUUAUUAUCAUAAUAAAAAUUAAUCGAUUAUCAAUUCAUAACAUAAUAUUGCAAUUUUAUUUUGAUAGAUUGUGUCGUUUCACGUAAAAACGUGUUAAGUGGGUUAAUUUGUGUCAACUAGUUCAUAGAACAGCUUGUGUUUCGUUUAGGUGUUUUUGACAUGAUUCUCAUUCCGAUUGGGUUUGGGUUGAGUAUCUUCUAACCAGAAACACGAAAAGGUAUGACUUUUCUUGUGUUUUGGUAGUAGAUGGCAGCUGACAAAGACAAGCCUCAGGAUGAAGCUUCAAUAUAUCGUUUCUGCAAAACUAUUCUUGCAGAAAAAUAACAAAAACAGUAAAAAUGUUGAUGCUUCCAUAUUGGGUUUGAAAGAAGUGAAGGACAUUUAUAAGGACGUGGAUGAUUAUUUGGCUACCUUUGAGCCCCUUUUGUUUGAAGAAGUCAAAGCUCAGAUUAUUCAAAAGAAAGAUGAUGAAGAAGUGCGAGAUUGGAAACUUAGGUUGGUCAUGGAAUGUGGUGAGGUUGAUGAGUUUCACUUACCUGCUGUUACUUAUAAUGCUGAGGAAGAAGAGCAGAUAUCACCAAAUGAUCUUUUACUGCUUUCAAAAGAGGAGUUUAAGGAAGGUUCAAAAUUGCCAACAACCUAUGCUUUUGCACUGGUGGAGCAUACCCAACCAAAUCUUCUAAGGCUUAGAAUGUACUUAGCUGGAGAAGUCAUACAUAUGAAUGAAGAUGCUGUUAAAUCUGAAAGGCUAGUGAAUAUGUGCUCUCUUAUCACUUCAUCUGUCAAAGCAGUAGAGAAAUGUUUGUUCAGUCUGAAGAUUUGCAGCUUAUCAACUAUUGCCCGGGAAUAUAUUGCUCUAAGGUCAAUUGGUUCUCUCCCUUUUAAGGAUUUGAUAUUAACAGCUACAGAGAAAACUGCUGCUCAAUCCCAGAGUUGGAGAAUUCCUAGACCCCUGGAUGAGUAUAUUAAAGAAAAUCAUAAUGUCUCCCAACAAGAGGCGAUAUAUGAAGGUCUAUCUCGAAAAGCCUUUGUCUUGAUACAGGGCCCCCCUGGAACGGGGAAAACACAGACCAUACUUGGACUUCUUAGUGCCAUUUUGCAUGCAACUCCAGCUAGAAUGCAGUCCAGAGGUGUUUUGCGCGAAAUACAGCGUGGUCCAGAACUACCCAUUCAUGAGAAAUUCUGUCACUGGGGACAGGCAUCCCCAUGGUUAGUUGGUGUUAAUCCCAGGGAUAAUAUUAUGCCUAUUGAUGGUGAUGAUGGUUUUUUUCCUACCACUGGAAAUGAAUUGAAACCAGAAGUAGUUAAUUCCAGUCGAAAAUAUCGUGUACGGGUGCUGGUAUGUGCCCCAUCAAACUCCGCACUUGAUGAAAUUGUAGUACGCCUUCUGAAUACUGGGAUUCGAGAUGAAAAUGUUCGCUCAUAUACUCCUAAAAUUGUUCGGAUUGGUCUUAAAGCACAUCAUUCUGUCAAUUCAGUUUCCAUGGAUCACCUUGUGGAACAAAAACGUGAUGACUCUGCUGCUGAUAAACAGAAACAUGGAUCCACAAGAAAGGAUAGGGACAGUAUCCGUACUGCAAUUCUGAAUGAGGCUGUGAUCGUCUGCUCUACCCUUAGCUUCAGCGGUUCAGCUCUCCUCAGCAAAUUGAAUCAUGGUUUUGAUGUUGCUAUAAUAGAUGAAGCUGCCCAAGCUGUGGAACCUGCAACUCUUGUUCCUUUAACAACUGGAUGCAAACAAGUAUUUCUGGUUGGUGAUCCAGUUCAAUUGCCAGCCACUGUUAUUUCUCCUAUUGCAGAGAGUUUGGGAUAUGGCACAAGUUUGUUCAAGAGACUUCAAAGGGCUGGUUAUCCUGUAAAAAUGCUGAAAACUCAGUACAGAAUGCAUCCAGAGAUACGAAGCUUUCCUUCAAGGGAGUUCUAUGACGAAGCAUUGGAAGACGGGUCUGGUAUUGAGGAUUAUACAUCUCGUGACUGGCACAAAUACCGCUGUUUUGGACCUUUUUGCUUCUUUGACAUUCAUGAAGGGAAAGAGUCCCAGCCCUCUGGAAGUGGAUCUUGGGUAAAUUAUGAUGAGGUUGAUUUUGCUCUUCUCCUCUAUCAUAAGCUGGUGAGUAUGUUUCCUCAGCUUAAGUCAAGUUCUCAGCUGGCUAUUAUAUCACCCUAUCGAUAUCAAGUGAAGCAAUUCCAAGAACGAUUCAAGGAAACUUUUGGGGUGGAGUCACAGAAGGUAGUUGAUAUAACCACAAUUGAUGGUUGCCAGGGACGGGAGAAAGAUGUAGCGAUCUUUUCAUGUGUUAGGGCAAAUGAAAAUGAAAGUAUAGGAUUUGUCUCUGAUUUUCGUCGGAUGAAUGUUGGGAUUACCAGAGCAAAGUCUUCUAUACUGGUGGUAGGUUCUGCAUCGACGCUGAAGCAUGAUGAGCACUGGAAAAACCUAGUGACGAGCGCUGAGAAGCGAGACUGUCUAUUUAAGGUAUCAAAGCCAUAUGCUUCAUUUUUCAGUGAUGAAAAUUGGGAGUCUAUGAAGCCAAAGCCGAAGGUUGAAGAUAGGGGAGUCCAACCGAUGGAUGUUGAUGGGCAACACGAUAAUGAAACUAAUGCACUCUAUGCUAAUACGGGAGAUGCUGACCAAGAGCAGGCAGAUGAUAAUGAUUAUGGAGAUGGGGAUGGCAAUGGAGAUGGAGAUGGAGGGUUUGAUGCUGAUUAAUCUGUAACUCAGGCGGAGAAGAGUAGAUAAAAAUGAUGGAAAGAGUUCAUAAAUGCCAAGGAAAAAAUGGGUACAUGUUACAACUCUUGUGAAUGCGGGAGAUAUAUUGUUUUUAAUUGCGUAAAUUAUCCUAGCUAAAAAUUUUGACUUUUUUUUUGUUGUUAAAAACCGAAAUUUAAAGAACAUGUAAUGGGUAAUUUUGCAUUGGAGGGUA